AUGCAUACCGGUGUGUGUCCAAACAGAAAGGUGACACAUAGGGGAGAGAAAUGGCAUCCGUAUCCUGAUCACCCAGAGAGAUUUGAGGACUGUGGACAGGUGCUGUGUAGAGAGGGUCUGACUGGGCGCUGUUACUGGGAGGUAGAGUGGAGUGGGCACAGGGUUGAUAUAGGAGUGACAUAUAAAGGAAUCAGCAGGAGAGGAGGGGCUAAUGACUGUUGGCUUGGAUACAAUGACAAGUGCUGGAGUCUGCUCUGCUCUGAAAACAGUUACACUGCCUGUCACAAUGAUAAUCACACUACCUUAGACAUCCCCUCCUCCAGCUCCCACAGAGUAGGAGUGUAUCUGGACUGGCCAGCCGGCACUCUGUCCUUCUACAGAGUCUCCUCUGACACACUGACCCACCUGUACACAUUCCACUCCACAUUCACUGAGACCCUCUAUCCAGGGUUUCAUCUUUGGUAUCAUGGCGCCUCAGUGUCUCUGUGUCAAACAUAACAUGAUGUUUCACUCUAAUCAUGGUCAUGUUCAGUAAGACACACUGGAGCAACAAUGUUGAAUAGCUCUCUAGUGUGUAAACAUAUGAUUGUAAAUAUUCAUGAAUACACACCAUUGAAAUUGACAGACAUUGUCAACUAGAGUCAAUCAUUAAUAUAAUGUCACUCCCUCUCCCCCUCUCUGGCGCUAGACGUCGCCAGUCUACUAACCGCCAGUCCUGGCAACCCAUCAUUAGACACACCUGGCAACCUUCAUUACUCACACCUAA